AUGUCGUCUCCGACAGUAUCUUAUAUGGCCGACCUAUAUCGUCUGAUGGCGCGGCAUGAACAUGCUCAUCUUGAUGAGGGCCAACAUGCCACUGCAGAUCCGCUCGAUGCUAUUAUGUGGAUUCAUAUUUUCCUCAUGAUGUUUACUUUCGGUAUUCUUUUCCCAGUAGGCCUUGUUCUUGGUCUUACUCGUAAUCGCUGGCAUGUUCCUGUCCAGACCUUAGGAGGUAUCUUAACUAUUGUAGGUAUUAUUCUUGGUCAUUCUCAUAAAGGUCGCCAAUUCGAGAGCAAUAAUAUUCACGCCAAAUUUUCUUCCUGGAUUCUUAUCGCAGCAUUUGCGCAAGUAAUUUUUGGAAUAUAUCUCAAACUCCAUCUCACUCGUGGUAUCCUCGGUCGCAUCAGAUCAGUUAUUGUUAAAAUCCAUUACACCAUUGCAAUCAUUCUCCCAAUCUUUUCUUGGAUUCAAAUCUGUUUUGGUGUGAUUGUUAUUCAAGACUUUUGCCAUGCCGACCAUCUUGGACAGUGCUUGGCUCAUGGAAUUAUGGGCUCAUCUUUCAUUGCUUAUGGCUACAUUUUAACCAUCAUGCUUUAUUUUGGUGAUCGAGCCCUCUCAAACAGAAACAAAAGCCAAGAGUUUUAUGACAGUUUAAUUAUCACUCUCUGGGGUAUUGUAAACACCUUCACCGAGCAUCGCUGGGGACAGAACUGGAGUCACGGAGAUUAUCAACAUACCUCCAUGGGUAUUAUUUGGUGGUGUGCUGGAAUGGUAGGCAUUGCUCUUUCUAAGAAUUGGAAGACUGGUGAACCAAAACGUACUUUUAUUCCCGCUCUCGUGCUUAUUUUUACUGGCUGGGCCAUGAGUGAGCACGCCCAGCAUCUAAUGAUUUCUACCAAAGUUCAUGCCUUUUUUGGAUACGCUCUCAUGGGUGCUGGAUUUUGCCGUAUCAUUGAAAUCUCGUUUCUUCUUAAGGACAAGCCUUCAGACUCGAAAUCCAUUAAGGCAUUCCAAUACCUGCCACCUUUUCUUCUUGUCGAAUCAGGAAUUUGCUUUUGCGGUGCUAAUGAGGAGCAACUGGCUCUUCUUAAUGAAAUAGGUAUUGAUCACUCUUCAUAUCUUCUUGUUUUGUCUUCAUGUGCCUUUCUCAUUUUCUUUUUGAUCCUUUGUUUGAUUAUUCUUUAUGUCAAGCUAGCUCAAGAUGGUGACACUGCAACAAACUCCCCAUCAUUUGGCGAAGGUUACUCUAAUUCCUGGAAGGUUGUCCCCUCAUCCGAUCCAAAUGCAAAUAUUGAAAUGGAUUCUCUUUUUGAUUCAGAAGCUUCAAAUUCAAACACCAUAACAGGAAACAAUGAAAAUCAUUCAUCAUCGAUGCCUUUAACAAGCGCUCCUGUUCGAAAUGACUCUAACGUUGUAUUGGAUUACGAUUACGAUGAUGACGUCGAAAGUUUACGAAAUAUUAAUUAA